CGAAGAAUUCUCGUCGACGUGUGAGAUUUGAACGUUGCUAGGUACUAUAAAAACAACAUGGUGGACGGAUAGAGGAUUUGUGUACAUUUACAAAAUGUCACACAGCACUUACAACAAGCAAUGGGCCGAGGCAGAGUCUGCCUUGGUGGACCUUCUCCAACAGGAGAUUCCACCAGAGCCCCCCAAACCAGAAAAGGAUCGAUUGGCUGCCUUUCAACUUCUGGCAACGAUGUACAUCAAAUACAUCCAGAUUUUCCGUAAGCUUGAACAAUCCUAUGAUCAGAUAGUUCAUCCACAGAAGCGCAGAGUACUGCGCCAUGUACUUGAUGGAGCAAUGGGAAGGAUUCUGGAAAUCAAACAUGAGAUGGUGAACCUGGAGUUCUCCGAGUAUCAUUACUUUGACGAUGUCCUGUCAGAUUUGAAGCUUACUCCCAACGAUGUAGAAAUCCCUAUACCUAAAUACUUCAUCAAUGAAAAAAUGGAAAUCUUGAAAGAAAGAGAAAAACUGCUUGGACAGAUUUUGACAAAAGUUGGACCACAAGACAAAGAAGAUCACAAAGAGGAAGUUAAGAUGUCCCUGGAAGAUGCUAUUAGGAUCAUCCAGAUCCAUGAACGAGCCAGACAGGGACGUCUCCGAGCAAAAUUCAUGAAGGAAAUCCGUGAACAGGAGGAACGCGAGAUUAAGGCUCAGACACGUGGCCCUCCAACAUUAGAUCAUGAUGUGGCUGCAGUUAGAAUACAGAAGGUGUGGAAAGGAUUUGCACAAAGGAGGAGAACAAAAAAAGAUAGAGACGAAGAAAUGGUGUUUAUUGGAAUGGCCCCACCCCCGAUGCCAACAAGUUUGAAGAACACACCACAAGCUCUGGCACUGAAGACGGAGUCCCAGCGUCGACAAACACAGGGCACAUACGAACACGAAUUUCAACAGUCACUUGUCACCAUAAAGGAGAAAAUCCAGGAAACUGAGGGACCGGACAUCAAGGAAACCAUGAUGGAUCAGAUUAGACAAUGGUUUAUAGAAUGCAGAGAUUCUUCUGGGAAAUUCCCAGAAUACCCAGAUGAGGAUGAUGGUGGGUCAGCAGCCAUCUUCAAACAGAAGACGCCUGAGGAGUUGGAGGCUGAGAUGAGGGAGAAGGAGGAAGGUGGUGGUAAGAAAAAGGAUAAAAAAGGAAAGAAGAAAGACAAGAAAGAUAAAAAGGACAAAAAAGACAAGAAAGGCAAGAAAGGAAAGAAGGGAAAAGGAGGAGAUGAUGAGGAAGAGGAAGAAGGCUGGAAGAUGGCUCCCUCAAGUUUCGUUCCUGCCAUUAAUGAGGGCACUGACGAUUACAAAGGUAUCUGGCAAACGAGGGAUGAGAAAGACAACUUCUCACAGAAACACGACUCAGAACUCAUCAAAGAGGAGAAACGAAAGGAAGUUGAAGAAGAAAUUCGUCUUCAGGUGGAUGAGCUUAUGAGAACAGAGCUGAAAAACCUAAAAGCAGCUGUGGACAGAGACAAGGGAAAGAAAAAAGGCAAAAAAUCUGGCAAGAAGAAGAAGAAGAAGGGAAAGAAGAGUGGAAAGAAAGGAAAGAAGAAGAAGAAGGAGAAGGAUUUAACCCCAGACAGAACCAUCGAAUCACUUUACGAGGAACUGAUAAUGAACGGUAUUAUCGUGAGGACCCCCAACAUUAAGCUGAUGGACUACGAGGGAGAGUACAGUUACUUAGGAACCACACUCCGACAGGCUAACAUAGAGCCUAUGCCCUCUCUCAGUGAUGUCAGGAGGCUUGUCACAGAGUUCGGCAUCCUUCCUCUCGGUUCACCAGCUGUUCACGAAAAAGCUCCGCUCACAAAAUCCAUACUUUUAGCAGGUCCCAGAGGGACUGGCAAAAAAAUGUUGGUUCAGGCCGUUUGCAACGAGACUGGGGCCAACAUGUUCGACCUGUCUCCUGCUAAUAUAGUAGGAAAAUACCCUGGCAAGGAUGGACUCAAAAUGUUGAUGCAUUUAGUAUUUAAGGUCGGGAGGGAACUUCAACCAAGUGUAAUAUAUAUUGGAGAUUGUGAAAGAAUGUUUAAAAAGAAAGUGCCGAAGACAGAUCCAACGGACCCUAAAAGGUUAAAGAAGGAGCUUCCUAAAGCAUUGAAAACAAUAAAAAGUGAUGACCGUCUGCUCCUAGUGGGAACAUCACGUUGUCCAUUUGACGGAGAGAUGAAACCGUUGACGAGCUGCUACCAGCGGAUCAUUCUCAUUCCUCGUCCAGAUUAUGCCUCACGGCAUUUGUUAUGGCGACGGAUCAUUUUGAAAAACAAUGGCGUGUUGACUGCACACCUCGACAUCAGUUCCUUAUCUAAGGUCACGGAUGGCUACACUCCAGGUCACAUGGCAACAGCGGUACAGCAAGUUCUCACGGAGAGGCGCAUACAGACCCUAUCUAAAAAGCCUCUCCAGGCGGUUGAGUUUAUUGCUCCACUGGCUAGGAUUGAUCCAAUUUAUAAGGAAGAAGAGGAAUCUUUUAAGUCAUGGUAUGCUAAGACACCUCUUGGUAAAAAGCGGGCAAAGGCUGCUGCUGCUGAUGACGAUGAUGGAGGUGGUGGCAAGGGAGGAAAGAAGGGUAAAAAAGGAGGCAAAAAGAAGGGAGGAAAGAAGAAGAAAAAGAAGUAGAUGUGAAUUUGGAGGUCGUGACGCCAUUUUUGAACUGUGAUAACAAAACCUUAUUGACAUUCAUGUCAAUAUUUUUUUCUAUAAACCAUACAUUGGAAAAUAUCUUUCAAAACAUUAUUAAAACCAGAAACUUUUCCUUAUGGCAAUCGAAAACAGUGAUUUGUCAGGGGAUGGAUCAAAGUCAACAUGUACAUCUCGUUGACGAUUUCAAUACCAGUACCGUUAUGACGACACUGUGAUAUUACUUUAUUUACAUAUCCAUGAUUUAUCAAAUUAUGACUUAAGUUUCUUUUUUCAAAGAAAAUCUUUAUGUUUGAGAAUAUUUACCAAACUCAAAAAAUGUUUUGAUAUAAUUUCUACAACACUACAGAAAUUACGUAUAUAAUCAUGUCGGUUUUUACCAGGAAAUAUGAUUAUUGUACUUUGACCUUUUAUAACUAUAUUUAUGCAUUGUUCUAUAUGAUAAAGUCAUAAAUUACCAGAAACUUUCUGGUCAUGUAAUAAAUGUGAUUUGUGUAAUGA